AUGGCCAUCAUCCAAUGGACAAUAGUGGCGGCCUCCCUGGCCAUGCAGGCCUGGGGACACACACUCAUGCAAAACCCGAUUCCUUUCCCUAGCCAACUAAAGAGUAAUGGCCCGAUGAACAAAGAUGGCUCAAAUUGGCCUUGCAGUGGAGAGACGGAGUUCGACCCUGAUGGGAUCAUGAACAUAUGGGAGCGAGGCUCGACACAGCACCUACAGGCCAUGGGAGGUGCAUCACACGGAGGCGGAUCAUGUCAGAUCUCCGUGACAUAUGACCUCAAGCCCACGGUGAAGUCCACCUGGCGCGUCAUCCACUCGAUACAAGGCGGCUGCCCGAUACGCGGCUUCCCCGAGACCAACUACGGCGAUAGCGCGACAACCGUACUGCCAGAUAUCUACAACUUCACCAUCCCAGACUGGCUGCCGCUAGGCAGGGCUGUCAUGGCUUGGACGUGGUACGGCCGCUGGUCUGUGCCGGAGAUGUUUAUGAACUGCGCGCCCGUCAUGGUCCUCGGCGGGAGGGGGCCGAACACGCCCGCCAGCCUCGACAUCAGCAGGGAUGACAGCGAGUUGUCAGCUGCGUGGGACCGUGCGCCGCUCAUGUUCGAGGCUAAUAACGGGAAUGGCUGCUGGACUGCGAACAAGGGCAGUUGCGUGGAGUUCCCCGAGCCCGGCGAGUCCCUAGAGAUUAACGAUGAGUGUCCGAUCGAUCGGGAGCACAUGUUCACCGGGACAUGCGGCCCCAGGCAACGACUCGCUGAGCUCCACCGUCCCGCACUUGAUGGUCUCCCUUCUGGGAUGUCGGAGAGACCCUUCUUAUCUAUCUUCGUCAUCAUGGUUGCGGGGCUGCUAUGUGCCUCGGUAGUGACGGUGGUCCUCAAGCGGAAGCGAAGUGGGGUUUUGUAUAGGAAGAUUUCACAUAUUUGA